AUGUGGUUCGUAUUGUUGAUUUACUUUCUAUGCGUGGCAAAUGACUGUAUGGCAAGAGUUCUAGAAGUUUAUAAAGCAGAUGAUGAGAGUAAUGUGUCAUAUUCAAGCCGAUUGAAUAAAAGCCUGCGUUAUUUCUAUCUGACGCAUAUUAAGCUUGAAGAAUAUACGCAUGCCUUAAAUAACAUGUACAAGUGGCUAGCCUUCGUGCCUUUGUGCAAUGCAGCGAUGUGCACUUGUCUUAUAUUACUUCUUAUGAGUAAGGAGGUCAAUUGGAGAUUUGCACCGCAUCUCUUGCCAAUGUUCGCGGAAAUCUUUGCAUAUAAUUGGUUCGGAGAACAAGUUAAAACAAAGGCACGUAACGUUCAAGUAGCACUUAUUAAUUUUGAUUGGAUGAAUUUGGAGCUGAAAGAUAGAAAAUGCUACUUAAUUAUUAUUAUCUACAUAAACAAAAAAUUUGGUAUCAAAACGGCAGUUGGUAAUGACUUAUCAUUGAUCACAAUGACUGCUGUACUCAAAGUCAGUUAUCAAGCGUUCACAGUUUUACAAUCCGUUGAUAAA